UCCCGUGCUGCUGCUGCUGCUGCUGCUGUUGCUGCGGCGUUUCAGCAUGCGACAACUUCAGCUUCAGACGAUCUCCAAAGGAGCCGUGCAGCCAUGGGAGUGCAUUACCUCAUCCAUGCAAUUUCCACCAUCAAUAAUUUAAUCUAUUUGCUCCAAAGCUGAAGAGAUAUCCUGAAGCUUGUCGGGAGAGUACAGAGAGGAAAACAUCGCUUAAGUAAAUUACUCAGGGAGUUGUCCAACACAUCCCAGAUGACACUGAUGUCCUGUUGAAUGGUCUGUUUUACGACGGGGCAGUAAAAGUUCCACCAGGUUAGAAGAGUGAUGACCAUCCUGUUCCUUACUAUGGUUAUUUCAUACUUCAGUUGCAUGAGAGCUGCGCCCCUGAGAGACGCCCCGGGCAUGCGGGGCCAUCGGACGGAAGGCUACUUGGGCGCCGCUGCGACGGCCACGCGAGGCCACGGGACUCCACAGAGUGGGCCAGGCCAGCGCGGGGAACUGCCCUCACUCACCGAAACCUUUGAGCAGGUGAUAGAGGAGCUGCUGGAGGUGGAGGGAGAGGCGGCACAGCUGGGACAGGGGGCUGAUAAGAGCCAGGGAGGUGGGGGCCCAUCUUCUUUGGUCACCACGGAGACCAAGGAUGUCGACCUGUACGACUCACGGGUGAUGAUCAGCAACCAAGUGCCUUUGGAGCCGCCGUUGCUCUUUCUUCUGGAGGAAUAUAAAAACUAUCUGGAUGCCGCUAACAUGUCCAUGAGGGUGCGGCGACACUCCGAUCCCUCGCGGCGCGGCGAGCUCAGUGUGUGUGACAGUAUUAGCCAGUGGGUGACAGCUGUGGAUAAAAAGACGGCAAUAGACAUGUCUGGGCAGACAGUUACCGUCAUGGAAAAGGUCCCUGUCCCCAAUGGCCAACUGAAGCAAUACUUUUAUGAGACCAAAUGCAACCCCAUGGGGUACACAAAGGAGGGCUGCAGAGGAAUAGACAAGCGGCAUUACAAUUCCCAAUGCAGGACAACCCAGUCCUACGUGCGAGCGCUUACCAUGGAUAGCAAAAAGAAGAUCGGCUGGCGGUUUAUAAGGAUAGACACUUCAUGUGUAUGCACAUUGACCAUUAAAAGAGGGAGAUAGUGUAUAAAAUGUAUAGAUUUUAUUGAAGAGUUUAAAAAAGAGAAUAAAGAGAAAAUAUCUAUUUGUAUAUAUACAUAACAGGGUAAAUUAUUCCGUCAAAUGAAAAUUUUAUGGACUGCAUGUAAAAAAAGAUGAAGUUUAUACAGUAAAAGUGAUACUACAGUCUAUUUAUUGAACAUAUUCAUGACCUUGUAAACAAUUAAAAAAAAUCUGAUCAGUCA